AUGUCCCGUGCCAAAGCCCGGAUCUGGUUCGUCAGCAGGUAUCUCCUCAACCAGGCCGCCUACAAUAUGGGUUUUCACUACUGCAUCGCCAGGCCUCUGAACAUGAUGCGUCUUCGCCACGCACUUCAGGCGACGACGCAUUACUACAAGUGUCUGCGCAUGUGUUUCAGUCAACGCGUCAGGGAGGGCAGGCCUGUGCAGGGCCUCUUGGCUUCGUCAGCAUUUGAGCUGGAGCAUGUUGCUGUUGCUAAUAAGGACGACUUUAAGCAGGCGAUGGACAAGCUUGAGACGCGUGUAGGAUAUCAAGAGGGGUAA